AUGAAAAAGCUGGAAGGAGACAGGGGCGGACCCAUUAAGGCCGAGUGGGGUCGGUCGCCCCCAAUGACUCCGACGAAAUUUACAGGUUGGAAGUCCAACGUUGGAACCAGUCAUUGCCGACUGCUGCUGAGGGAGAUGAUUGCCGCUGCUGAAGUUCGCCCCAGGCCCCAACAGCACAGGAUCGGCACUGUGCCAGAGGGUUCAGUUCUAAUGUGCAUUUCAUUUCAUUUAAAUGGUUCGGAGAAUUUCAGCAACGUGUUGUCAGAAAACAUAUGUACAACAUUCCAACAGGGGCAUUUCUCUAUUGUGGUUGAAUCAAUUGCACCCUCUCCCACUAACUUUUCUCCUACACCAGUACCACCAGGAGGUGCCCCAAAGCAUGCUCCAAAAACAAAUGGCAAAGGGAAAAAGAACAAUUCGAAAGUCUGGAUAACUGUUGGGUCAGUGGUAGGAGGAUUAGCUUUGUUGGUUUUGCUCGGACUUCUGGAAUCCUGGCUGCGCAAGUACAUGCAUAGGAGGAGAAUACAGCAAAUGGAGAGGGCUGCAGAUAUUGGGGAAAUAUUGCACAUGACUACUGUUGGAAGCGCAAAAGCACCAGCAGCUACAGUGACGAGGACAAAACCGACAAUUGAGACUGAAUAUCAAUGGAUGUCUAUACGGUCAAAUGGGUGUCUGCCAGCAUUUAAUUCAGAUAAUGAAAAGAGGCUUAGUGGCACCUAG